CUAGCUGUGUGUUCUGGGUGUGGCACAAGCCCUCACUGGUUUCUCUCAUGAUGAGGCGUUUUGUCAUUUCCUUAUUUGGUUUAUUUGAUUGACAGAAGAGGUCAACUCCACGACAGAAUCACCGAUUUACGCAUGCUCAGCUCUUCCCGGCCUCUAUGCGCUUUUCUUUUCUGAGUUGCUAUAAAUUCCUGCACGUACAUACUUUGCGAAGAAAAUCGAGCCAAGAAUACAUUUAAGAAGUCAGAUUUGGCUUCAUACAGAGACCGCCCUUUGCCUGUUCUAGAUCUUGCUGAUCUAACAGGAACAACAAGGACCAAGACAGCGUCAUACGGAUGUAGAAACAAUACAGUGACAGUCCAGCGUUAAUGAGACGUUUAAAAGCUUUUAUUAAUCGCAGUGUUAGAACUAUCCAGUAUUUUUCCAACCCAUAUUGGGCGUGAAUUUGCAUUUAGCUCUUUGUACCCUUUACGUCUAUUGCUCAAGUACCUUACAAAUGAAUGCUCACUUUGUGGAAAAAUUAGCGAACUGUUUCAUUGUCCUUGUGCUUUCGCUUAUUCCACUUCUGGCACUUGAUGAUAAAUUGUGCCUUUUUGUGAAACAAUAAUCCAGCUCUUUGCAUUUCGGUCUGGCUGGCUUAUUCAAGCAGAAAAAUGAAAUGUUUGUUCGCAACUGUGAAACUUGUCCAAAAUGACCUACUCAAUCCUUUUACACUGCUUAAAAUUAUUUCUGUAAACAAACUGAUGAUGAUGCGGCAUUAACUGACAACGUGUGUUUGAGUAACUUUCGAUGUUGUUGAACCCAGGCAGCUUAUAUCUCUUCAAGCUGAAGGUUUAACGUAUUCUAACAAAUGUAGAUUUGAAUUGCCUUGGAAUCUUCAAUCAUAUUCUAAACGUUCGGCCAUCAGAAAGAUUGCUGUAAUGCACGAUUUGCACUGAUCAUGCGUUUGUAAAUGUUUCUCGGAAGAAGCUGUAAGAUAUACCAUGUGUUAAACGCCCUCCCCUCCCUGACAAAGAUCGCUGUAUUUCAGUGGGGGUGGUUGCGUGUAUAUUAUUUGUAUUAGAAGAAUUACUUGUGAGUGAGUGACUGGUUUUUACAAUGGAAAGUUCUCGCGUUAGGAGGUCUUGAAACACAGCUCCUGCUACAGUCAGUAAAUGUCAUCAAAAUCAACGAAAUAAGGAUCUUAAACACCUGAAUAAUUCUCUGAAUUUUUUCUGUUUGUUUGCUAACAAUAUACAGAAUAGCGUUUCCGAGAAACCGCGUCUUCUACGAAACAGUUCCGAAAACGCUAAAUUCGUAAUCAGAUCGACCAGCCGUGUUAAAUAUCGAUAGCAUGGACUUGAAAAGGUCUACUCUCUCUUCUUCCUCUUUAAGGGAUUGGCCACAUUCUUUUUCUCGCUCUGCUCCAGCAAGCACUGCAGAGCUAUUCACCAAUUGUGGUGCAUUUGCCUCGACAAAUGGGAUUCAGUGCUUUGGGAUUAUAAAUGGCCUCGGAAAGACCCACGAUUUCACAGCCUUGGGCAAUGGCUAUGUGGAUUAUCAAGUGAUAUCUCGCAAUGGUAUUCAUGGAACAGAGAAGCGUGAACCAAGCCCAGAAUUGACGGUUGGUCACGGGAGACCAAAGUCUUCCCCGAGACAACAGAAGCGAAGCGGCUCAGAUUUUGAGAAUGGAGAGAAUUUAAGCUACGGCUUGUUCCAGUUCAAUGCAGAGACAAGCGACAACCUGAAGCAAAUUGAGACUACAAGACAUGGUCUAACCAAAGAGAGACAGGACACAGCCGACAUCAUCAACACGCAAGUGCUCUCGGGUCUCAAUUCAUCAUUCACCUUCAGUCUUGGUUGCAAGGAAGGUAUAGAAGAACCAAUUCCUCGAAGAUGGUCCGAUGUAAGUCUUGAAACGUACUCAUCGAGAUCUCCGCCUUUGCAUGGCAAACCUCCAGAUUACUCUCCUAGAGCGUCCGGUAGGAGCCAUUCCGAAAGUGAAGUCGUUUCAUCAGGCUCCAGUCUGAACGGAAGGCAGCAAAUUUUACGCAGAAAUGUCCCAGAAGGAUGUUUAGGAUCUAAGCCAAAACUUGCAGACCUUCAAGAAAGUAUUCUUCAACUGUUGCAAAUGCAUGAAGCGCUGACACCCUUGCAGAUUGUCGAAGCUUUAGGCCGUGGGACACGGGAUGAGAUGUACGAAGCCCUGUGUGCACUCCAUACUAAGGAACGUGUCAGAGCUUUUCAAGCCAAUGGAACUACAGUGUGGGCUUUGGUUUCGCAGCCUACCUGUGAUUGGCGAGCAAGUCCGGGGGUCAUUGGCGGCGAGAGAAACAAGAAGCCUUUUGGACGAGGUUCUUACGAAGAGCUCGGCGGAGUACCCCGAAGGAAUUUUUCUGCUCUUGGAUACGAUAGUAGACCAAAGAAGGCUCCACGUGCCAUCGAUGGCCAGAAGGUAUGGAUGCGUUCUAAUGGACACAUUCCUACGACAGUUGAAAAGAAUUCUUGGACUUAUUGCAGAUUGUGCAAAUUCUCGUUUGCCUCGGAAUCACAAUAUGAAGAGCACCUUCGCAGCACGAAGCAUCAAAACAAAGUGGCCAAGUUCAGUCCAAUUUCCUACAAGAAGUAUUGCGAGUACUGCAACGUGCACCUGAAUUCGGAGUCGCAAGCCAACGAGCACUUCAAUAGUGCUAGACACGAACAGACUGUGGCCAAGUCACAAAAAGCACCGCCACAGCAACAUCUGCCACUUAUCAAAGCACCCAAGGAAUUUGUGAUGGAGCAGUUUACGCGCACCCAGCCGUUUAACUACCACAUAGAGUUGUACAGCAAAGCCAUGUUGACCAAUGGAGUUUGCUUUCUACCCACUGGAACGGGGAAAACACUGGUUGCUGCUCAGGUCAUUGCACACAUGCUGAAAUUAAACCCAUCUCGACAAGUGGUGUUUCUGGUUGAUCGGGUCCUCCUCGUCCUCCAACAAAGCGACUGCCUUAGAAAGGAACUGGGGCAUAUUAGAGUAGCAGACGAGCGAGGGUCUUUUGAAAGCACCAGGCCUAUCCGCAUUGGAGCGGUCUGUGGUGAAAUGAGGAAACUGGAGGGAAAUGCACGCAUAUACGAGCAGGACGUGCUGAUCAUCACAGCUGACUGCUAUCGGAAUCAUCUGAAUAAUGGCACCCUUCGCUUUGAUGACGUGUCCUUGAUUGUGUUGGAUGAAGCACAUCAUUGCAACAAGGAUCAUCCCUACAACGUCAUAAUUCGGGACUUUUAUCUCCAGGAAGAUGUCCAUUUGGGGCAUCGACCCAAGAUCCUUGGACUGACAGCAUCUCCAGCUGGGGAAACCUCUUUGGAAAAAACGACCAAGAGAUUACAAAGGCUACUAGGAAACCUGGGGGACGCGGAGCUGUUGGUCGUGACGAGAAACGGGCAAGAACUCGAAGAAAAGACCAACAGAGCAACCCCUGACUGUAUUUCUGCUUCGUACACCACUCAUGAGCGCGAUCUCUUGGACAUUCUCGUGAAAUAUGUCACUAAAGCGUUCAACCUGACCGUUCGUUUGAGCGACAUGAAGGACUACAAAGAUAUUUUUCAACCCUCAUCUGGAGGCCCAUUCAGCAUCGAUGAUAUCUACCCAGUUCUUGGUGUCAUUGACAAUAUUUUACAGUCACAACCCGAGGCUAACGCUUUGAACGCCUUGCUUCACUUCCAGCUGCUCUGUGAGGCUGUGUGUACGCUGCAGGAGUGCGGUUAUCAAAUAGCGUUGUACCAGAUGACUGAGCUUGCACAAGAGGCGUGUCCUCACGGAUUCCAUUGGGCAGAAAGUAUGGGUCUUCCAUGCGGCGAAGUCAGAGCUUAUUUGGAGCUAUAUCUCAGACAAGGUUUCCCAUCGAUCAUCGAACGUCGAAAUUCAGGGGCGGAGCGACUCAUGGAGCAGUUGGUGAGAGUAAACUGGAACGGAGUGAUCGGUCGAAGCAAUUGUCUUGCCUUGGUUCUCGUCAAACGACAACACACAGCACGCUGUUUGUCGAAGUAUCUUUCAAAUCAAAGGGAGCUGACUUCUCGAGGAGUAAGGACCACAUUCAUAAAUGCUGGCAGAUCAGCGGAUAAAGGAUUGGCUUAUCCCUUGGAAAUAGACCCAUUCGUACAAAUACGCGAGGGAAAAUUUCAGAUUGUCGUGACUACAAGCUUAGCUGAGGAAGGACUGGACCUUCCAGAGCCCCAGUGGGUAUUUCAAAUGGAUCCAUCAAGCCCGGUCCUAGCCCUCCGGGAGAUACGCGGUCGAGCGCCCCUAAAUGGAGCCAGGUUUGUGGCUAUCUCUAGGAACAUCGAGCAAACUAAGAAAAUUGAAGAUUUGUUAAAGCGAGAGGAAAAUAUGAAGCGUUCUGCUAAACUCAUAAUGAGUAAUUUGUGAGUAAUGUAUUUGUCAGUUUCAUAUGGAUCUGUUAGUCCAGUCCACUGAACCUGAUCUAAUUGUAACUAGUCCAUCAGUGUCAACUGAAUCUCUCAGUCCUGUCCACUGAUAUAAAUUUUUUGGGUGUUCAUACGUAAAGAAAUCGUCAGGAAUAUUUCAAAAUUAAUAUUUCUUGGCUGUUUUCUAUGCUGCUUAGUGCAGCUUUUACAAAAAAAAAAAAAUUAUGUGUUUGAAACCUAGAUUUUCAUUGAAAGACCAUAAGAGAGAUUGUUGAUAUCGUUACAUUUUAUUUCGUUUUAUUCUGGGGUUAAUUUUACACAAGAAGCUCGAGAUUUUCAAUUUUUAAGUUUUGUUUGAUAUAUGGCAGCAAGUGUAGGGUUGAUCCUGACCGAAAAAGGCCAACCUUCCCGGUUUGUCAUAUGAAGCAGAUAAAUUUGAUCUAAAUUAUAAUAAAUUUAAUCAAAAUCGACAUUGCAUAAUUGCAAGAUUAUAUUUGAGUGUCUAAUUUAAUUUCCAUAAAUCGUUAUUUACACAGUUUGAAUAACAAUAUGUGGUGUGUUGCUUUGAGUCAAUUGAAUUUCGAACUCGCAGACCUUCUAUACAGCUUUCUGGCGCCAUCUUGAUGUUGCAGGUAACUUCGAGCUUCGAGGUUUUGUUUGCAAUUCUUUCAUAUCAUAUUAAUCUCUUCAACGUCAUAACUACGUCUUUUUUAUGAUAAAGUAAAUUUUUUAUUUCCAUCGAAACUCGUAAUAAAAGCCAAAAUACAAGUCUUUUUUUUUAUCCUUCUAUUUUUAAAAUUGCAUCGCGUGACAAAGACUCAGUUAAAUGUCAUCGCACAGGUCGAUAGUUUUGCAAUGUUUUUCAACUUUCUGUGUGAAUAAUUCAAAUGUGAAAGAUGUAGGUUUUUUUGGCGGCAUUUUCUUACUUGCAGCCAAAAUACAGCUACAAAACUCUAUAUCGCCUCUAAAAGAAAAUUUUAGCGUGACUUGGUAAUCCUGCCUGCUAUUCAUCAAAGACGGCGCCCUACCCUGAAAUAAGGUCUUUUGAUUAAUGGAAUUGAGUUGUUCAAUACAAAGGAAGUCUCCAGAUUUGAACUGUUUGAAACCCUGGUGUGUUUUAAAAAGUAUCAAAACAAGCGAGACUUUGAAUAAUGUUUUAGUAUUCCAGCCGGAUGUAUUUUUCUAUCGCCAUGGGAUUAUAGUAAAAAUUUAAAACGAACUUGAAUUUUACUAUUGUGCAUAAAUUUCCAUAUAGUCUAGAAGACUUGAUAGCUAGAAGUAAAGAAUAAGCCGUUUUUGUAGAAUUUUCGCGCACUGAACACCAUGAACGAGAAAAUUAAACAGAAUUUAAAACUUAUUCACAAAUUUUCUUUCUUUUCCCAAUAUGAUAAGUAAAUUAUCACGAAAAUAUUCAGAGGCCAAUUAUCUUAGGUUUGAUUCGAAAACUAUAUUGAAAAAGCAUUUUAGGUCCAGGUGUUGCAGAUCGUUUGAUUGCGAAAUAAGUUUUGAAAAGUGAUUAGAACCAAGGAAUAGCAACCCAGAUAUUGUUUCUGCGACACUGAUUAAAACACAAACUGUUUGCACAAGUCUAUUUGCAUUUAUCAUUGUGUUUGCCUUCGCAUACACUUGGUGUAGUUUGAUGUGUUCGAAAGCUUAACUGAGCAAAUUUUUUCGGUGUUUGCGCUUUAAGACCCUUGAAGGCUUAGAGCAAGAAAAACAAUUAUUCAAAGUGUUUUGAUGGGAAUGGAAAUGUGAUCAGAAAAGGACUUGAAUCUAGAGUAAACCCUAAGUUAAUACCCUUUUAGUUGAAAGAUUUUUAAACUGCAGUGUGCGGAGGAAAAAGAGCGAAUCUGUAUUUCAGUGAAAAGACAAUUCUGAUGUUUUCCGGAGUGGUGAACGAAUCCAAGGCUCUUGUUCUUACAGAUGAGAAAUUUUAAGUUUCUCUUUGGAUAGAAUGAUCGUUUCUUCUUUCGUGAUCGAGUCUUAAAGCCAACUACACAACGCAAAGUCGAAAAUCGAAAGAGGCUUCAUUCAGCAGAAGUUGGUAUUGCUUUAAUGGUGUUAAGGGUUUUUACCUUUAACAGCAAACGCACUAAGGGAGACAUACAAUUAUGCAAUAACGGAGUCAAUCAGGAUUUGCUUGUUAACUUAGUGAUUACUUAAGAUAUUAUAUUCACGAAAGUUGUUAUUUAUGAUUAAGUAAGGAUAGAUUUAAUAUGGCGUUCUUGGUUAAUCUACGUUUGUAUUCCAUGAUUUUAGAGCAAUUUUCAGUUGGGUGUCAGAAGUAAUCUGGUAUUGCUUUGGUUUACCUAACUUUUCUCUGUGAUUGGUCCAGAAAUCUCGUGCCGUCCUCUCGACCAAUCAGAUCCAAAAUUAAAAAACAACUUGGCCAUUAGCGUUUUCUCACGCUUCAAUUUUGAUUGUUUGCAGGGAUUUCUUCGGUUUUCGUUUUUUCGACACUCGAUUGAAAACUGCUUUAAGGGGGCACUGUCAUCGAGCAGUUCUUGGGUUGUUCUUCAAAUAUUUUAUUUUAAUAGCGCAGGCGUUACAAGGAACCUAAGAUUGUCCAACAUGACCACAAUAAAAUCUUUGGAGCUAUUUCAAAAGCAAUUAAAUUCAAUUACCGUUAUGUUUUUCAAGCAAAAAGAAAUUCUUUCUAAAAAAGCACUCGGUGUUUAAUGUAAGACGAUAAGUUUGAAAAGGUGAAUUCAUUCCUGUUGGACGAUCUUAGUUACAUACCGUGUUUGGAGCGUGUUGGUACAUUUUCAAAUAUGUUGACAAUUGAAUUAUUUUAUCCCUUUUUUUUUGGCAUUUUAGUUUCAAAUGCCGUAUUUAUAGAUAUCUAUUUGUAAAGCUAGAGGAAAAAAUAUUCUAAUGGUGGAGUUUUUGGUGUAUCAAGUGUGAGCUAAAUUUGAAUAAACGCUUGGAAUACGA